UUUUUCCUAACCUUCGGUAUCACAACAUUGUCCAUUCUCUCAAGAUUCUACUAUUGAUGGGGUAUAUAAGAGGUCCUAGGGAUAGGUCUAAGUCAGAUACUUCUGAGUUGACAACAGCAACUUUAACAAAAUGUUCAAGCUUUUGGUUUUCUUAGCCUUGGUGGCAUAUGCUUCUGCAGGACUCGUCGCCCCAUACGGCUAUGGUCAUGCUUAUGGUCACGCAUACGCUCCUACUGUGAGUUAUGCACCUACUGUGAGUUACCAUGCUCCAGCCACCAGCUAUGCUAAUACUUACAAGGUUGCCUAUGCUCCUAAAGUAAUUGCAGCGCCAUUAAUUGCACCAGCAGUCACUAAAAUUCAUUACGCUACUCCAGUUGCUGCUUAUGUUGCACCUCACUACUCAGGAUUCAGCGGACAUGGAUACGGACAUAAUGUCUACGGUUUAGGACAUGGAUAUGGACAUGGAUACGGAUAUGGGCAUGGAUACGGAUAUGGUGGUUACGGUUUGGGACAUGGGUACGGUUUGGGACAUGGUUACGGAUACGGACAUGGAUACUAGAACUAAACUCACAAAAAUUAAACCAAACUAAGUGAUGCCUAAGUACCUUAAGGACGGAUGUAAAUACAAUUAAAUUAGCUAUGGAUGUAUUAUAUACAAAAUAAUACUUUUUUGAGUUAAUAAAAUUUUUGCAAUUCUUUAAA